AUGUUGGCAUUCUCACCGUUCAGAGGAAAAGUGGCUUCGUCAACUCGGUCAUCUUUCAAGCGAAGACGAGCUCAGGCGGAAGCACAAGCAAAAACGAAGAAGAAGGAUAUUCAGAGCAAAAUAUCAGAAUUAAAAGAAAGUUUGGAUCUUGAAUCAAAUGAAAUUGAGGCAAAGCGACAACAGCUUCAUCGAAAGGAAGCAAAAUUGGAUCCUUCUCAUUCAGGUCACGUCUCCGAUGGAAUGCGUGAAUUAAAGAAAGAAAUUUCAGUAUUGACAGAAGAACUAGAAGAUAAAGUGCAUCAGUAUAAAGUGGCUGCCAUCCGUACCAACGCAAAGAUUUCAAGGUUGGAGAUGGAAAUGGCAACAUUGGAUUCUCUCAGAGAUGUCGAGUUAGCAGAGAUUUCUGAAGAUGAAGAACAGUAUUUAGGAUCAGAUGAAGAUCUUGAAUCAGAAGAAGAAAGACUGGCAACGGAAUUCAAGAAGUGGAAAGUUGCUGCUACUGGUGGGGAUGGGGAUGAGAACAAGGGACAAGAAACAAUUCCUGUUACGUCAUCAGCCGGACCGGGACCAGUAAUGCCUCCGACCGCUUUAGAUUCAAUCGCCCAGUCCUUGCAAGCACUUACCAAGUUGGCAGAUAGUUCAAAUCCUCAAGUUGGAUCAGUUACGGAGAAGAUGCUCGUGCGCCAAUCAGUGGGGCGAGAUUUACCUCCGUUUAGUGGACGACCUGAAGAAUGGCCGUCAUUUAUUGCAACAUUCAAGAGGACAACCACGGCGUGUGGAUUCACUGAUGCAGAGAAUGUUGAGCGAAUAAGAAAAUGUUUGAGAGGAUCGGCGGCGAAGAGUGUCGAAUGUUUAUUGGUCUCUCCGCAGUCUCUUCCUAAGGUCCUGCAAAUUCUCGAAGAAAAGUAUGGACAGCCAGAAGUCGUGGUACACGCCAUGGUGACCAAGACAAAAGCAGUUCCUCCAGUGAAAGAAGAUAAGCCUCAGACGAUGAUAGAAUUUGGGACGGCGGUGGUAAAUCUUGUCGCCGCCAUCAAGAACUUGGGAGAAGAUGGACACCUCAAGAAUCCAGUCCUACUUCGCGAGCUGGUGGAAAAGUUACCUCCAAAUGUUCGGAUUAGUUGGGAGGAGUCAGUUGUGUCAGCAGUCAGCACGUCCAGUUUGGAAGACUUCUCAGAGUGGGUGGAAAAGAGGGUGAAGAUUGCUUGCCGUAUGUGUCCCCCAAAACAAUUUGAAGAGAAGAAAGAUGAUCAAAAGUCUAAAGCCAAGGGGGUCAAAGAUCAUAGAGACGAAGGUGAUGUCCCCACCGCGGCUGGAUUGGUCAGUGGUCAAUCGAGCAAGAUCUGCGUCUUUUGCGGAAAGAAUAAUCAUUACUCGAGCGACUGUUAUAAAUCUGAGCACAUGACCAUUGUGGAAAAGGAAGACAUUAUCAAGAAGAACAAGAUAUGCUUCAAGUGCUUAAGGAUUGGACAUAUUGCUAAGAGUUGCAAAGUGAAGUUGAAUUGUGGACUUUGCAAAAAGAGUGGACACUGCAAGCCGAUGUGUCCAGAAUUAAAAAGUAAUCAGAAGAACCGCUUCUCAUCCCCAGCGGAAGUUGAAGAAAUGGAGCCCAGUGUAUCUGCUGCGACAGCAAGUCAUUCAUGUCGAAAGGACAUCUUGUUGAAGACAUUGCUUGUACGAGUAGUUGGGUUGAAGAAUUCCCGUGUCGUGCGACUCAUUUUCGACGAGGGGAGUCAACAUAGUAACGUAAGCUCCACCACCAUCGAGAAUGCUGGAGGUCGCUUGGUGGGAGAGGAGUGGGGGCGUAACGUGUUAUUUGGUGGAUCAGUGACCAGUAGCACGAAAGUCAAAAAAUUUAAAAUGGAACUAGAAAGUAUGGAUGGAAAAGUGCGAAAAGAGCUGGUUUUGAGGGAAACUCCAGUAAUUUGUGGAAAUUUGCCAAGAGUACCACAUGGUCCGUGGAUUCAAGAACUCAAGAAGAAGAAGAUUUGGAUAACCGAUAUGGAAGUAGCUAAAGUAGAGAACCCGGACAUCGACGUACUUAUUGGGAGCGAUUACUGGGGCCAGUUAGUGACCGGAAAACCGAUCAAGUUGAACAGUGGUUUAGUCGCGGUCAAAACUUUAUUCGGCUGGACUUUGAGUGGACCAGUGCCUGGCUACGACUCAAGAGGAGAGAGUGCAGCUAUGAUGAGCACUUCUCUAUUGACCGCUCAGUAUUCGGUUCCAGAAAUGUGGAGUUUGGAGUCAAUUGGAAUUCAAGACCCCAUCGAUCAUAAAUCACAGAAAGAAAAGGAAGCAGCUACUCAACAGCAUUUCUUGGACAAUGUGUCACGAAACGAGGACGGACGGUACAAAGUGAAUUUGCCAUGGAUUUUAGGAGCGCCCGUCAUUCCUGACAAUAAGAAGAUUGCUGAGAAGAGACUUGAGUCAACAACAAGCAAGUUAAAGGCAGCAGGAAAAUAUGCUGAAUAUAACAAAAUUUUUGAAGAUUGGUUGAAGGAGGGAAUAAUUGAGCAAGUUGAAGAUGACCUAUCAGUCAAGAAAUGCCAUUAUCUCCCUCAUCGAGCGGUAUUUAAGCCCCAAAGUGUUACCACGCCAGUGCGCCCAGUUUUUGACGCCUCGUGCAAAGUGGGGCGAAAUCCAUCCCUGAAUGAAUGUUUAGAGAAGGGGCCUAAUCUAUUGGAACUGAUCCCUUCCCUGCUGUUAAGAUUUCGACAAAAGAAGAUUGGCGUCAUCUCCGACAUCCGAAAAGCGUUCCAGAUGGUGGAGGUGGCGGAAGAAGAUCGUGACUUUCUCCGAUUUUUGUGGUGGAAGGAUAAGGAGGAAUUGGUUACCUUCCGGCAUCGGAGAGUGGUUUUUGGACUGAAUGCGAGCCCAUUUCUACUCGGAGCAGUUUUGGAAUACCACUUGAGGUCAGUGGAUGGCGAAGACAAGAAAAUAGCCAUGAAAAUUUUGAAGUCACUCUACGUGGACAACAAUGUGACCUCAGUGGACUCGCUGGAAGAAUACAAAGAGUUUAAAGUGAAAUCCAUCCAAUUGUUAAGUCAAGCCGGGAUGGAACUACGACAGUGGGAACACAGCGGUGAAGACAGCCCAUCUGAAGAAUUAUCAUCCGUUUUGGGAUUGAAAUGGAAUAAAUUGGAAGACUCUCUUGGUGUAGAAAUUCCAGAAGAGAAUCCAGAAAAGUUGACAAAGAGAAUUAUUUUGUCAUUAGUUCACAAGUUAUUCGACCCAUUGGGAUUUCUGAGUCCAGCUACUUUAAUCCCAAAAUUAUUAAUGCAAAAGGCUUGGGAGAAGAAGACUGCUUGGGAUGACGAGAUUGAUGAAGAUAUGAAAAUGGAGUUUUCAACUUGGUGGAAAGAGCUGCCAAUUUUGCGAAAUGUGUCAAUUCCGAGAUUCGCAUUUGGGGAAUUGGACUCAGAAUUGGAAAUUCAUACUUUUAGUGAUGCGAGCAAGUCGGCGUAUGCAGCGGCCGUGUUUAUUCGUGUCAAGAAUGGAGAUAAUAUAUCUGUCCAGCUAUUACAGUCAAAAACGAGGGUUGCCCCAUUGAAGCUUGGAUCCAUCCCAAGAUUGGAAUUACUUGGCUGCGCCAUAGCAGCAAGAUUGACAACCAGUGUCAAAGAAGCUCUAUCACUGCAGGAUACUACGACCCGAUUUUGGAGUGAUUCCUCCACGGCGUUGGCGUGGAUUCGCCGAAAUGACGAGUGGGGAACUUUUGUGGGCAAUAGAGUGAAGGAGAUUUUGACUUUGACUAAAGUAGAAGAAUGGCACUUCGUCCCUGGAAAACUCAAUCCAGCAGACCUCCCUUCUCGUGGAUGUUCUCCUUCAAAAUUAGUGAAGUCGCAAUGGUGGGAGGGGCCAAGUUGGUUGAAGGAAGAUAUGGACAAGUGGCCAAGUGACGAAGAUAUCCCAGAUGAGGAAAUUGUUCUUAAUGAAAGAAGAAAGGGAAGAACAAUGAAGUUGGCCGUCAUGAGCCAAGACCAGCCAUUCUAUUACAAGUCUUCCCACUAUAUGAAGAAUUUACGAGUUUUUGCAUAUGUGAAAAGGUUCGUGGACAAGUGUCGACAUCGGAGCAAGGAAAGUGGCCACAUUACUCAAAAGGAGAUUGCAGCCUCGGAACACACCUUGUUCAAGAUUGUCCAGCUUGAAGUGUUUCGUUCAGACCAGAAUGUCAUAGCCGGUCUUAAAGUUGUACGAGAUGGAGAUGGUCUCAUUCGUUUGGAAACACGGCUACUCCAGCGUCAAGAUACGGAAGCAUUCAGAAAACCUGUGCUGUUACCAAAUAAUCAUCCAGUUGUGGAGCAGCUCAUACGAGAGGAACACUUACACCAUCAUCACGCGGGUGUUCAAUUUCUUCUGGGACGAAUUAGAGAGCGAUGCUGGAUAAUUCAAGGAAGAAGAGCAAUAAGAAAAGUUGUGCGGUCAUGCGUUGUAUGCCGUCGAUUUACAACGAAGAGUCCAAAUGUACCCUCCUCAUCACUACCUGAAAAUAGAGUCAAGGAUGCGAAGGCGUUUCAAAUUAUUGGAAUAGAUUUGGCCGGCCCCUUAUUCAUGAAAGACAAAAGCAAGACUUGGUUGGUGCUCUUCACUUGUGCAGUCUUUCGGUGCGUUCAUUUGGAACUUGUGGACUCGCCGAGGACGACCGACCACAAUUUACACAGACAACGGCACAAAUUUCGUCGGCGCCAACAAUUUGUUCCAGCAGUUGGACUGGAAAAGAAUUCAAGAGAAGAUCAAUGUCAUGAAAAUCGAGUGGAGAUUUAA